ACUUCUGAGUUCAUCAUCAGCACUGAAAUGAAAGAAAACAGGAUGAAUGUGACUGAAUUAAUUCUAAUAGGACUUACACAGACUCCUCAGAUUCAGAGAAUUCUAGUUGUUGUGUUGUUUAUCACCUACAUUGUCAUUGUCACAGGCAACCUGCUCAUUGUGGUCACCAUAAUCUUCAGCCAGACUUUGAAAUCCCCGAUGUAUUUCUUCCUGGCCUUCUUAUCUUUGAUAGAUGCAUGCUACUCCUCUUCCAUAAUCCCUAAAAUGCUAGCUGAUUUGAUCUCUGAGACAAAAACCAUAUCCUUCAAAGGCUGCAUGACACAGAUCUUUACUGAACAUUUCUUAGGUGCUUCUGAGAUUGCCCUCCUUGUGGUCAUGGCCUAUGACCGCUAUGUGGCCAUCUGUAGACCUCUGCACUAUGUGACCAUCAUGAACUACCGUCUAUGCUGCCUUUUGGUGGGAGUAUCUUGGACAGUGGGUUUUCUCCACUCUAUUGGACAGAUUGUUGUCACUUUCUGGCUCCCAUUCUGUGGCCCCAACAUCAUGGAUCACUUCGUGUGUGAUGUCUUCCCCCUGAUACAACUUGCCUGCACAGACACUUUCCUUGUUGGUCUCUUGGUUGCUGCCAAUAGUGGAGUAAUCUCUUUGAUAACCUUUGUAAUGUUGUUGAUAUCCUAUGUCGUCAUUCUGUAUUCCUUGAGGACUCACAGCUCUACAGGGAGGAAAAAGGCCCUCUCUACCUGUGGCUCCCACAUCACCGUUGUUGUCUUGUUCUUUGUGCCCUGUAUUUUUAUGUAUCUGCGACCAGUAGCCACCUUCUCCAUGGAUAAAGCCAUAACUGUAUUCUACACCCUUGUCACUCCCAUGUUAAAUCCCAUUAUCUACACAGUAAGGAAUGCAGAGGUAAAAAAUGCCAUCAGAAUGUUAUUGAACAGGAAUGUAAUUUCAGGUAAUAAAUGA